UGCUUUGAGUUGUAUUAAUGUUUUGAAGUAUUAUGGAACUGUUUGAUUAAAUUUGAUUGAGCAUACUUUCUAUUUUUUUGGUGGAGUUGAUGAGAAAAAGAAAAGUGUGCUUUGAUAGUUGUUUAUGCUAUGGUAGUAGUGGAUUCAAGAUGAGCUGAAUGUGCAGCUUGAGCUCUGCUCGAAUCUAGAACAGCCAACUCGAGAUUGAGAUUGGCUCAUUUGAAUCACAGGAGAAGGAGAAUCGUUCAAAUCCAAAAGAAUUGUGGGAGAAGAAAAAGGGGAAGAAUUGUCAGUGAGGAAUCCAUGCAUCAAGGCCUAUACAUUUAGAUGGGCAGAGGCAAGUAAAAGGAAAUGGGAGGUUGCUGCUGUUGUUGUUCGAAAGGAGCUGAGAGAAUUAAUUCUCCUGCAUACUACUAUUAUCCAAGAGCAUCAGAAGAGCAUGUGCCCUUAUCAUCUCACCAUGGUGCCACCUCUGCACUCUCUACUGGACUCCUGGUUGAUACAAAUCUGGAUACAUCAGUCCCUGAUGCUUAUAGGCCACCACCUGCCCCAAUACCUUUUGAUGUGAGUUUAGGGCAUCCUCAAACUCCACCUGUGACUCAAGAAAUCUGUGGCAGUAAGAGUGAUCCACCUGUGCAAACUACUACUGAUCCUGUUCAGGAAACAGGUGGUGGCAAUACUCAAGAACCUGCAACGUGUGAAGAUCUGAAGGAAUCAGAAAUCAAAACCCAAGCCAAUUUUGAACUUGAAUCAGCAAAGGAGCUGGAAAUUGAGCUUUCGAAGUCAAUUGAACCUGUUGUUUCAGUGAUAGAGGAAGAGGAUGUUUGUCCCACCUGUCUGGAAGAGUAUGAUACAGAGAAUCCGAGAAUUAUUACAAAAUGUGAGCAUCAUUUUCACCUUGCUUGCAUCUUAGAAUGGAUGGAAAGAAGUGACACCUGUCCUGUAUGUGAUAAGGAAAUGAUGUUUGACCUUCCUAAUGAGUAAUAACUGCUCAAUACUUCCUGCGGAGUUGAAGUUCUAAGUUAUUUGAAGUUGGGACAAAGAAUUCAAGGUUACAAAUUCACGAAAGUUAUAUUCUCUCUCUCUCUCUUGCACACAUAGACACACGUGCGUGCGCACACUCUUUUUCUUUCAUUUUUUUUUCUAUCUUCUGCAGCACUGCUGCAGUCUGUUCUUUAGGAAGCACAGCCCUUUUAAAAUGCUUAGUGUUGUUUUGGUUUCUUCUCCAAUGAACUUGGAAGUUUUGUAAAGAGUCAUAGGUCAUUUAAAAUGGACAGUGUGACACCAUUUCUGAGGUUCUUUUUUCAUUGCUUAUACAUUCAUCCUUGGGGCCUAGAUCAGCAUAUUGUUGGCAAUUUAAGCCCACAGUUUGCUGGGAGAAAAUGAAACAAGUUACCCACCUGUCCAAAGCCCAGUUAGUCAUACAAAGUAGGUUGUAUACCCUUCUUUUGCUUCCCAAAGUUAUGCUUUUCUCAGCCCAAUAUUUUCAUAUCAUGUCAGCAAUUGAUUCUUUUUUUUUUUGUUUCCCUUGAAUUGGUUUUGUGAAUGACACGCAAUUAAACUUGUUGAGUGUUAUGUUUGGUGAUUUGGUGACGAAGCAUCUGGUAGUGUAUAAAGGCAGUAUUGUAGGAGUCUGUGUAGAGUAUGGAAGGAUCAGAUGAAAGGGAAUUUUGUGUUUACACUGUUCAUGUACAUAAUAGUUCUCGACUUUCACAUUGAAGUUUGAUGAAGUUUCAAGUUUUUCA